UUUUUAAUUUGUAAAACAGUCAUGGUGAUGUCUAUCCUAGGGAGUUAGUUGUUGGAAAGGAUUCAGUGAGCUAAUCGCACCUGGUGAGUGCUCAGUAAACACUUUCUACUGUUGCUAAGCAUUAACAAAGGUACAUUGUAGCUCAUAGGAAGGGAGCCUGCCCAGGAUGGGGCAGAGGGAAGGGGGAGAUGAGAAAUGGGAGAAUGGGGGAUCGAGGGCGCAGGUGAGGAUGGCCAGUCUUUCAGGCCAAGAGAGCAGCUUGUGCAGAGGCCUGGAAGCAGAGCUGUGGAGCUGUGCAAGUGGAGGGCGGGAGGUGAGGGGUGGAGUGGGUUAGGAGAGGCUGGGGAGGCUGCCUGUGGUGCGGUUGAACACCCGGGAUUUGGGAGUAGGGUAGGGGCAGCCACACGAUGACAAUCUCUCCCGCCCCAGCCCUGCAGCUGACCAGUGACAGCAAGACCUUCUGGAGGGUGGAAGAGGAGCUGAGCUGGUCUGAGGCCCUGGAGUGCUGCCGGCAGCACCGCACAGACCUGGCCGACCUGCAGAGCAUGAGCGACUGGAGCAACAUCAAGACCCUCUAUUCCCUUACCAGCAGCACCGCGGCCUGGAUCGGCCUCUUCUUCCACGUGCGCCUUGGGGGCCUGAGAUGGUCCAGCGGCUCCACCUUCAGCGUGCCAGUGUGGAGCUCCGCCGUCUUCGAGGAGGGUCUCUGUGCCACUCUGUAUUCAAUAGCCAUUUUCCCCAGCCUGGGGGCCGCCUCGUGCACUGCUCAGAAGCCCUUCAUCUGCUACUACGGUGUGUUCAGAGUCAUAUUCUGGGCCUGGUCUUCCUCCUAG